AUGAGCUCCAACAAGACAGUUGCUUUCCUUGGCGGUACCGUUGGCGUCGGCCUGUCUGCGCUCAAGCACACACUUGCAGCUGGCCAUCAAUGUAUAGCCCUUUGCCGCACUCCAGCCAAGCUCGCAGCCCUCAUCCCACUUGAAUCAACACCCAACCUCAAGAUCAUCGAAGGCAACGCGCAUGAUCUCAGUGCAGUCACUAACUGUAUCCAAGCUGACGAAAAUGGCGAAAGGAUGGUCGACAUAAUCGUCUCCACCAUCGGCAGCAGGCCCAAGGGUGGAAUAGCUCCCGAAGAUCCCGAAUGCUGCAGAAAAGGCGCCGCUGUCAUGGUCGAGGCCAUCAACAAUCUUCGAAACAAAGGAGCCACUGGAAACCCGCAUAUUAUCACGUUCAGCACCACCGGUCUAUCCAAGUUUGGACGUGAUUACCCUUGGGUUCUUUGGCCGAUCUACGGGUGGCUCCUUAAAGCUGCGCACGCAGACAAGGAGCUGAUGGAGAAACGCUUCAUGGAAAGUGGACAGCCAUUCACAGUUGUGCGUGCAAGCUUGUUGAAUGAUGGCGCUACUAAUAAGAGGGUCCGCGUUGGAAUUGAGGACCCGAAGAAUGGACGGGAGUCAUUGGAAAUUGGAUACUUUAUUUCCAGGGAGGAUGCUGGAAAAUGGACAGCAGAAAAUCUGAUCUUCAAGGAGGAAAAGAAGUAUCUGAAUAAAAUUUUGAUGAUCACUACCUAA